AUGGGAGAAGUUGUUGACCCAGGACCAUAUAAAAUUCGUGCGGGUGAUAGCGGGAUAGUGCCCACGCUGGGUCAAUUUGAUGAUUCGAGUUGGGAAGUUGUUCUUUUCACUGGAAAUGAUACUGCCCCAUUUGAGCUUUAUAUAUUCAAAAUAUCUGGAUAUCAAAUGAGCGAUCCAACGACUCAGUCCCCUCCAGUCAAUAUCAGAAACAGCUCAGGUCCAAACCUGGAAGACAAAUACUUUUUCGGGUACCGCUCCUAUCUGACAUCAAAUGAAUCUAUUUGGAUCACAGCCUACUCGGACCGAUUUACUCUUACAAACAUGACCGGUUCUUUACCUGAUGAUGUGACAACCGCAAAUGACAACGUGAACUCGACAACUGCUCCAAAACGAACGAUCUCUUGCGGCGCAAAGUCUGGAGGAGAGUGUGACGAGAAGGUCUUAGAAGACCUGGGACUGGGAUCAGUGACGACAAAUACUCCAAGUGUUAGUACCACGGCCGCAGCAACCACAAUUGAAACCGCGCCAGAGAACACAGCUUCCGAUACCAACACGGAUAGCGGUAAAAGAUUAAGCCGUGGAGCAUUUGCGGGGGUAGUCGUGGGUGUCGCAGUAGCAAUAUCAAUUAUGAUAGCGGCGGGGGUGUUCUUUAUAAUGAAAGCCAAGAGGAAGAACAUGCCGAAACGAGAAACGAUGAGAAAUAAUGAAAGUUUGACGAAUCAGGAGUCGUUCGCAUUUCAUGAAGGAGAUACUUACGGAGGAAUGACGAAGAAGAAUGGGACUGAAGACGUGGUCAGACGAGAGGAGUUGGAAGAUCGUAGAACGUAUGAGAUGAGUGCGGGUCACCAUGGAGUAGCGGAGAUGCCGGAAAGCUCGUGA